UAAUCUGCGAACAAAGAUGGUCGGCCAAUCAGCUGACAGCUGUGAAGGACUAUUUUUCCAUGGUGUAAUUUAUCAAAAUUGAGUAAAUUAUUACAUAAAACAUUUUUCUAAAGAAAGUGUCGUGAGCUACGCGAACUUAUCUACCUCAUUUAAGCAUUAGGUGUGAUGGAAUUUCGCCAUUACAAUAGGCUUCAGCGCGCAGCCUGAAGAUUUGAUCUGAAGGAAAAAUGGACGAACCAGUCACAAUUAACACAGAAUCAUACUUCGAUCACUUUAAAAUAUCCUAAAUAAAAACAAAAAAAAUAGCAAAUACCUAGUCGCAGUUGAGUUGUUGAAAUAAUUUUUAAAUCAAAUUAAUUUAUAAUAUAUUUUCGUUACAUAUACAAAACUUGAAAAAUAAUUUUACGUUGACUAAUCAAUUCCAUUAAAAAAGUUGUAUUAAAUACACACAAAAAAAAGAUAUACGUUGUUAACUGUGUUAAUAGAUUAAAAAAAAAUAGUGUGAUAAUAAAUGUGUUUUUAAUUUUAAUUCGUAAUCAAGCAAACUUGUGAAGAUCAACCAAAGAGACGGGAUAUAAACGAGUAAUAGUAAAAAAGUAAUUUGUGACUACCAUAGAGUAUAAAACGUAGAUGCUUCUUAGGAACUUAUGGAAUGCGUUACACAUAGAUAAUAAAAGUAGUGUAUCUCGGGAUUGUAUCUCUAAGAAGGAGGAAGAGGCCGGAGAGAGAUCAGGAUCAGUGUGUAAGAGGGACCAGGAGUCGGGCUGUGAGAACGCUAAGGACGUUCAAGAAUCAAAGAUGGCUGCCACAAUGGUAGAGACGCCCCCUCCCCAGCUCAUAACCACGAUAGAGUGGGGGAUGAUGGACAAGAGCAAGUUCUUCCCGCUCUACACGUUGAGUAGUUUCACAGUGCGUUGCGCCCUGUACCCUCUGACGCUGGUGAAAACUCAGAUCCAGGUGCAGCGUAAGAAGGAGGCGUACAAGGGAGUCACGGACGCAAUCACCAACAUAUACAAGAAUGAGGGGGUCUCUGGACUGUACAGGGGGUUUUGGCUGUCUAGUUUUCAAAUAAUAUCGGGCGUUUUCUACAUCUCGACGUACGAAGGUGUCAGGCACGAGCUUGGCAAAUAUGACAUCAGCCCCAGAAUGAAGUCGUUUAUCGGCGGCGGCUGCGCGUCAAUAGUUGGUCAAACCAUCAUAGUUCCCUUCGACGUGCUGAGCCAGCACCUCAUGGUGUUAGGGCUGGUCAAGAGUCGAGCGGCCGCGGGAAUGAGCGCCACGACACUGAACCCUCUCGGUCUGGAUCUCACGAAGCGGUACUCGCGCGCAGCUCUCGCCCGCGAGGUGGCUAUGCGCGUGUACUCGCUGCACGGAGUCCUGGGCUACUACAGAGGCUACGCCGCGUCCCUGGCCGCGUACGUCCCCAACUCCGCGCUCUGGUGGGCGCUCUACCAGGCGUACCAAGACGAGCUUUUAAGGAUAAGUCCGUUGUGGGUGUCCCAUCUGUUGAUCCAGUGUGUAGCUGGUACGCUUGGGGGCUUCACGACCACCAUACUCACCAACCCUUUGGACAUAGUCCGCGCUAGACUGCAGGUUGAAGGUGUAGGGUCAAUGCGACAUGUGUUCAAGGAGCUCUGGCGCGAAGAAGGCCUGGUGGGCCUGUACGCGAAGGGUCUGUCCGCCCGGCUGGUGCAGUCGGCGUGUUUCUCAUUCAGCAUCAUCCUUGGCUACGAGACGAUUAAGCGAGUCGCCGUUAGUGACGAAUACCGCACGAGAGUGCGCUGGUGAAUAAAAGAAAUGACAGAAA